AUGCUAAGAGCUUCCUCUUCCGACCUCGGUGUAAGUCAAACCCAAACUCUAAUAUCUGACCAAGAUCAACUGGAACUUGCACUGAAUUUUGAAUAUUUGAGCGCUGAGUUCUUCUCCUAUGGUGCUAAUGGUCGUGGACUUGAUGCCACUGCUCCACAAUUAACCAAGGGAGGUCCUCCUCCCAUUGGAGGCCGAAAGGCCAACCUAGACCCCUUAUUACAGGACAUCUUCUCACAAUUCGCUUUAAUAAAUAUUGCGCAUUUGGGGGCCAUAAAUGGUGCAGUUAAAGGAUUCCCUGAACCAUUACUGAACAUAAGCAAGGAGGUGUUUGGUGAAAUUGUGGAGUUAAAGGAUUUCGACGUCUAUGCCAAUGGCCUCAAUUACUUACUCGGGGCUUAUAUAUCAUUACUACUCUUGCCCCAAAUGCUUAUGUUGGAAUGGCUCCACAGUUGCAGAACUCUAAAUACAAGACUUGUUGCUGGGCUUCUGGGAGUAGAUUCUGGUCCGGAUGCAGUUAUCAGAGCAUAUUUAUAUGAACGUCGAGACGCACCGAUACCGCCAUAUAGUGUGAAAGUGUCAGAUCUCACAGGUCGCAUUUCGGACUUUGCAAAUAGGUUAGGUAAAGAAGGAAUCAAAAGUGAGGGUCUUGUAGUUCCUCAAUCUGAGGGUGCUGAGGGAAAAACAACAGGUAAUGUUAUUGCUGGUGACAAAGACUCACUAGCAUUUGGAAGAACGGCAAGUGGAAUACUUAAGAUAGUGUAUGGAACGGGUGAUGAACAUGUCCCAGGCGCCUUCUUCCCUAAUGGAGCAAAUGGGUUUCCUUAG